AUGGACAAGGGGAAUUUCACACCUGUAACUGAAUUUUUUCUGAUUGGACUUUCCCAUUACCCAGGCCUCCAGAUAUUUCUUUAUGUCAUCUGCCUGGUGAUGUACUUGGUAAUUUUGUUUGGAAACAGUUUCCUUAUUAUCAUCAGCAUUCUGGAUCCCCGCCUUCACACACCUAUGUAUUUUUUCCUUGGAAACCUUUCCUUCUUGGAUAUCUGUUACACGUCCUCCUCUGUACCACAAGUUCUGAUAAUUAUUAUAUCAGAAAGAAAAUCCAUUUCUUUCACUCGAUGUGCACUGCAAAUGAUUCUGUCUCUUGGAUUGGGGUGUACAGAAUGCAUUCUCCUGGCUGUGAUGGCUUUUGACCGGUAUGUUGCCAUCUGUAAUCCCUUAAGAUACACCAUAAUCAUGAACAAUGGACUGUGUGUUCAGAUGGCAGCUUGGACCUGGAUUAUAGGGUGUUUGAACACACUGCUACCCUCUGUGCUUGCCCUAAUAAAGCCUUUCUGUGGGAAUGUCAUCGAUCACCUUACCUGUGAAAUUCUGGCUCUUCUUAAACUGAUUUGUGGAGACAUCUCUAUCAAUGUUCUACUCCUGACAGUUGGAAGUAUCCUGUACUUAUUGACUCCUCUCCUGCUUAUUUUCUUCUCUUAUGUCUUCAUCCUCUCCACUAUCCUGAGGAUCAAUUCUAGUGAGGGGAGGAAAAAAGCCUUCUCCACCUGCUCAGCCCACCUUACCGUGGUGAUCUUGUUCUAUGGUUCAGCCCUUUUCAUGUACAUGAAGCCCAAGUCCAAGGACACUCAGAUUUUUGAUGAGAUUUUUGGGUUGUCCUAUGGAGUCAUCACUCCAAUGUUGAAUCCCAUCAUCUACAGUCUGAGGAACAAAGAAGUGAAAGAUGCUGUGGUGAAACUCCUAUUCAGAAACCUGUACUUGAAGAGAAUGUAA